AUGUUUCCGCAUACCACAAUUUCACCUGCCCCUGCCACGCCUACAUUGGUUCAAACUUUGCCACCAUCUGAUGCUCCACCAGAUUCCACUUUGAUUGCUCCCUCUGAGUUGGCGCCUUGCUUACUAUCUCCACCAAUUGGUAAUCCAAACAACGCUGAAAAUUGUCUUCCAAAUACUAACAACUUGGUCAAAGAGGCUCCAAACAGUAUCAAUUUGACUCCAAAUGGUAACAACUUGGUCAAUGAGGAUCCAAACCGCAUCAUUGUGUCUCUGAGCGGUAAUGAAUUGGUCCACAAGGCUCCUACCGGUAUCAAUCUUUCUCUGAACAAUAACAAACUGGUCAAUAUGGCUCCCAGAGGUAUCAAUCUGUCUCCAAACAUCAGUGAAUUAAUCAAGACAGCUCUGAGCAGUAUCAAUGUGUCUCCAACCAGUAAUGAAUUGGUCAAGACAGCUCUGAACUGUAAUGACAAUGUCAAAGUGGCUCCAAACAACAACAAGUUGGUCAAACACCUCAAGAACUCGCUGGGUUUCAUUGCUACUUGA